UCAAAUUAUUUAGGCAACUUAUUCGACCCUAGAUUUUUUACAUUUCGCUUGUUAGGAUAUUUAUUUCGUUCAAUCUUCAAUUACGCGAUUCAUUUGCUAUUCACGAGUUCAUGACGUGUUCACGUACCGAACUCGGAAAUUAUUUUAUUAAUCGUUGGUGAAAUUUUCGAAGGUUACCUAGUCGUGGAAAACUUGUGUGGUGAUUGAUUUUCUUUAAAACUCGUUUAUUUGGCUGCUUUCUUCAAAACCACCAUGCAGAUUUCUGAAAGUACACCUGAAUUAAACGAAGCUGAUCCGAAACGUCGUAAAGACACGAUACUGAAAACUAUCCAUUACCGAUACGAAAAGUUUAUUCAGUUCGCCAACUCCAACGCAGAAUUUCGUCUAAAUUUCGGUGUAAAAGCGUACAGCAACGCUCAUAUUUUAUUUACUCCGACGAAAGAACUUCGAGAUUCAACUCCAGUUUACGAAAUUGUCCUGGGUGCCGAUCACAAUCGACAUUGCAGCCUUAGAAGAAGACAACAAGGAUGUGAGAAAAUCAAAGUUGACUUGGAAAAUAUCGUUUCCGGUGACCAAUGGAGAUGGUUUUGGAUAAAAAUCUCUUCGAAAGGAUUAAUCGAAGUCGGUAAGGAUGGUAACGAGUUGCCUUUCAUGUUAUGGGAGGAUCCGCAUCCGUUGAAUAUCGAAUAUUGCAGCUUUUCCAGUUGGGAGAAUACUGCUGCGUUGUGGUGUUUCGAAUGUAGUUCCAAUAAUAUUAACCUUAAUAAGAGUGACAGUGAAGACUUGAUGAAGAAGCUUUCGGUAAUGAAUUUGAACUUGUAUGAUUAUAGAGUUUGAUUUUUUAUGUUAUUCACAAAGUAAUAAAUAUUAUGUAUCUAUCUAAGUAUAUAAAGAAAUUAUGAUUUCAUAGUUGCUUAUUCAUUCAUCGUAUUAAUGAAUAUCGAAAAUAAGUAGGUUUUUUUAAUUCAGAUAAUUAAUGUUAAAAAUAAAUUUAUAUCUUAUCGACCAAUCAAUAUUCUAAAAUAGCUUCGAAAAUAACUCUAAAAUUCAAUCAUUUAUUGAAAAAAAAAAUCUUGUUUUUAAUUAUGAGUAAUUGCCUCUUGAACUGAGCAAAAAUAAGCAAUUUAAUCAACACAGUGAAAGGUUCCUUUAUUCGAACUGUGUAGGCAAUUUAUUCAACACUCCUAGUCGUCGGUUACAAAUUACGAUUAGGAGAACAACCCAAAGUAUUCCAAUCUCAACGCGUUAGUAUUUGAAAGUGAAGUCGAAAUCUGUAUUUGAUGCAAAUGUGAAAUUACAUCUCGUGUUUUUUGCAUCUUUUUGUUUCAGAUUAUCUAAUUCGUAGAGUAAAUUUUUGAAAAUCAGUCGUUACUCGGUUACGAAAUUACGAAGUGAAUUGUUUUUUUCGAGAAGCUCGUUGAUAAACUGCUUUAUUCCAUCAUGAAGAUUUCCAAUACGAAACCUGAGUCAGUAAAAGCAGAUCCGAAUAAAGGUCGCAAGGAUACGACGCUGAAAACAAUGCAUUACCAAUACAGACGAUUUUUUCCGGUGGCAAAACGCGACGAAGAAAUCUGCGUAAAUUUCGGUGUAAAAGCUUACAGCAACGCUCAUAUUUUAUUUACUCCGACAACUGUGCUUCGAGAUAAAGCUCCAGUUUAUGAAAUCGUCUUGGGUGCUGAUCACAAUAGAUAUUGCUGUAUUCGAAGACAACGAAUAACGUGUAACAAAACCCACGUCGAGUUUGAAAAUAUCGUAUGCGGUGACGAAUGGAGAUGGUUUUGGAUUAAGAUUUCUUCGAAUGGACUGAUUGAAAUUGGUAAAAAAGGUAACGAGUUGCCUUUCAUGUUAUGGCAGGAUCCGUAUCCGUUGAAUAUCCAAUAUUGUAGCUUUUCUAGUUGGGAAAAUACGGCUGCGUUGUGGUCUUUCGAAUGUGGUCCUAAUGUUAAUGACGACGACUUGACGAGUUAUGGUUUGAAAAUGAGUUGAAUUUGGUUUGUGGAGUUGUUAGGUUUUUUUUCAAGUGGAAAUUCAACUUGUCUUCUGUGUGAAUUUGAGAUUGCUUUCGUUAUGUCUCGAGAAGGAAAAAAAUAAGGAUAUCUGUCGAGUGUUUUGUUUAUUACGAAUUGAUAGUUUAUGAUCUGGGUAUUUGUAGUUUCAAUUUUGUGGGACCGAAGUGUGUUUUCAAUUGGAUAGCUGAUUGAAUGUUUCAUUUGUGACAACUUGUUAAAUGUUUUCAAUGGUCUUUUCGUUGGACUUUUUUUCAUGCUUAUUGUUGUAUAUUAUUUAGAUGACGUAAGAAUUUCUAAUUUUUUGAAUACGACUCGUCUUUUUUCAAGUUUUAAAUUGGUCCAAUUUUUCGUGAACUAGCUGGUUGUAAAAUUGUGAUCGUGAUCAUUUUUAAAAUUGUCGUAAAAUAAUUUGACUGUUUUCAAUUUUGUAAACUUCAAUAAAGGCAAUAGAAAUAAGUAGGAUUGAAUUUAUGUGUAUUUUUCAAUGUUUGUCAUUACUAUUGUAAUUAAUAAAAGAAAUUGAUGCAUGG